AUGAAGAGCUAUGUCAAUAUCAUUUUCUUAGUGAUAAUUAACAGAACAAGCAGCAUUUUUAUUAUAUUCAAACUAAAAGUUUUUUCUAUCUUGUUUAAUUAGGUUAUAUACAAUAUUUAAAUAUUACUCUCUCAUCUCGAAUCCAUUAUUAAUAACUCAUCAUAUUAAUUACUUAUCAUAAAUAAAAUUAAAAUUUACAACUAUCAUGUUUUUCCUUCAACCUUAAUAAGAGAAAUAGUAAGCAACUAGAGAAUUCAGAAGCAAGCAAUUGAAAGAAGUGUUCAAAGCAGCCAUUUUAUUUGGAGUAUUAAAAUUAGCAGCAAUUACAUUCAAACCUAAGAAGGCAUGAUCAUACAUUUAUUUUACAAAAUAUCAAAAAAGUCACUCUUAAAAAUCUAAACUUUCAGCGCUUUUAGGUUUUGA